AUGGCGGUGUUGCCAGUGAGGUUCACUAAAACCAAGAGGGACAAACUGGCUCAGGUUCUGUGGGUGCUGAACUGGGUUUCUGUGGUAACAGGGAUCAUCCUCUUUAGUUUGGGAAUCUUUCUGAAAGUGGAAAUUAACAAACGGCAGGACCUAAUGACCGAACGUCAGCUUCAGUCUGUGCCAAACAUGUUAAUUGCAGUGGGAUUGAUAGCUUGUGGAAUCAACUUUUUAGGAGGAAAGAUCUGCUAUGACUGCGUGGACACUAACAAGUUCUUGCGUUGGAAGCUUGUCAUGCUUCCAUACAUCAUUUGUACAUUUUUCUUCACUCUGAGUGUCCUCGUGGGCGCCCUGAUGUGCUACAGCUUGCAUGGACAGCUGGAAGAGUCACUCAUGCUGGGGCUACGUGAUGCUAUGCGAUACUACAAGGACACGGACACACCCGGACGCUGCUUCUUAAAACGCACUGUUGAUCUCCUGCAGAUCCAGUUCAAAUGCUGUGGGAACGAGGGCCACAGAGACUGGUUUCAGAUCCAGUGGGUCAGCAACCGGUACCUGGAUAUGUCUCGACGGGAGGUGGUGGACCGUCUACGCAGCAAUGUGGAGGGCAAAUAUCUAAUGGACGCAGUUCCUUUCAGCUGCUGCAAUGUCAACUCUCCUCGUCCAUGCAUUCAGUAUCAAAUCACCAAUAACUCGGCCCACUUUAAUUAUGACUACCAGACAGAGGAGCUCAACCUGUGGAUGAGAGGCUGUCGACAAGCUCUGCUAGAGUACUACACAAACAUCAUGCAUUCAAUUGGCCUUACUGUUCUUAUCAUCUGGCUGUUUGAGCUCUCUGUCCUCACGGGGGUCCGGUACCUCCAGACGGCCCUGGAGAACGUGAUGCGUCAAGGUGACCCCGAAAGUGACUCUGACGGAUGGCUCCUCGAGAGCAGCUUUGUGGAGACGGCUCGCUCUAAUUUCAGCAUUAUCAAAAACCUGGGAAAGUUCAACCAAAUCAACACAGCCAGCAAUGGAGAUCCAAACAUUGACAGACCAUCUACAGCACACUAUGGUCCAGACAAUGUGCCUCCAAAGACUAUUCCAAUAGCCAGUUAG